AUCGACAAUGGACUGUUUGUCUUUGGUGUUCAUUGAAAUGUUGUUUAAACGUGUAGAGCAGUUAGAAACCACACGUUCAUAACAAUGGUAGAGGCUAGAACUCCAUUACACGACGCAGUAAUUGAAGGGAAUCUUCAAAACGUGAAAAAGCAUAUAGGCUGUGGUGUGAAUGCUAAGGACGAAAACGGAAGAACAGCGUUAAUGCUAGUUUCUUUUCAUAAAAGGACAGAUAAUGAUAUUGCUAUAGUUGAGAUUCUUUUACAGUCUGGGGCUGAUAUAUACGUUGUUGAUAGGCACGGAGACAAUGCUUUACAUUAUGCUGUGAAGAAACCCCAUAAAGAAAUAGUAAAUAGUUUACUAGAGAGUGGCAUGGAUGUAAACAGCAGAGAUGGGGAUGGUAAUACUCCACUGAUAGCUGCUGCUCAAGAGGGAUAUGAAGAUAUAGUCGACAUUUUGAUUUUUCACCAUGCAGAUAUACACAUACGGACAAGGGAUAACAGGAAUGCUUUGUAUUUUGCUUUGUGGAAUAAACAUGAUGACACGGCCAAAUAUCUAUUAAAUGAAUACUGCGGGGAUGAUGAGAGGUGGCCCGAACUGGAACUUGCUUGUCAAGAGAAUAACACUAAGGUGGUUUAUUUGUUGCUCGACUUUGAAAUAAUACAUGAAUUGACUGUUCUUAAAAUGUGCAUCAUGAAUGCUCAGAGUUUGAAUAACAAAAAAGAAUCCUUUAAAACGCAUAUAAUCGAAAACGAUUUGGAUGUGUGUAUGGUAACAGAAACGUGGUUUAAAAAAGCACAUAAGACACAUGAUUUUAUUCCAAAUGGCUAUUCAGGAAUACGAAAAGACCGAGAAGAUAACUCAUAUAGCAAGAAGAAAGAUGUUGGUGGUGGGGUUUUAAUAGUUUUUAAAACGUCACUGUCUGUCAAACAAAUUCAUCGUGAAGACUGUCAAUCGUUUGAAUUUGUCGAAGGUGUUAUGAAAAACCACUUCAGUUGUAGGCUCAUUUGCAUGUAUUGGCCUCCUGACAAAACAAAUUCACCGUCUGUCUUGCAAACCUCAGUUGAUAACUUUGAGACACAUAUCAACGCACUUGAUAAACCAAAUAACGUUAUCAUUGCUGGGGAUUUCAACGUUCCUCUGGAGAAUGACCAAUCCUCGAUGACUAAGCAUUUCAAUGACAAGCUCAAAUCACUUGGUUUAAAACAACACAUGGAAGAAUUCACGCGCAACGAGGCAAUACUUGAUUUGUUGAUAACUGAUGACGCUAAAGAAAUUAAUGAUAUUAAACUGCAUAAGCAAUAUAAAGAAGUAUAUACCGAACAUCCGUCUGAUCAUAUUCCUAUUCAUUUCAAAGUGGUUGUACAAACGGCAAGAUACACGAAUGAAAAGUUUAAGAAAGCUAUGGAAGCGGGACUGCUGGUAUCAUGUGAGAAAGGAUAUACUCAAACAGCUCGCUUAUUACUAAACUACGGAGUAGAUAUAGACACAGCUGAUACGUCAGGAGAAACCGCUCUACAUCGAGCCACAAUUAAUGGUAAGACGGACACAGUGAAUUGUCUUCUAGCGAAUGGAUGUGAUGUCGAUAAUGCUAGACAGGAUGGAUGCACAGCGUUAUUGCUGGCUUCUAAGCAUGGACAUAUUGAAAUAGUAGAACUGUUGAUAGAACAGAAAGUUAAAGUAGACAAAUGUAAUUAUAAGAAGAAAGGUGCUUUACACUUUGCUGUACUCAAUGGUUGGAAAAUAAUUGUACGUUGUCUUAUAGAUAAUGGAUGUGAUGUGGAUGCAUCUACAUCAGGUGGAGACACGGCACUAAUGAUGGGUUGUCUUAAAGGUCAUAUUGAGAUAGUACAGAUGUUGAUAAUACGCAAGGCAGAUGCUAACAAGAAGAAUGCAUUUGGACGAACUGCUUUACACUUUGCUGUACUUAAUGGUUGGAAAAUAAUUGUACGUUGUCUUCUAGAUAAUGGAUGUGACGUGGAUGUAUCCACAUCAGGUGGAUACACGGCACUAAUGAUCGGUUGUUUUGAAGGUCAUAUUGAGAUAGUACAGCUGUUGAUAACAUGCAAGGCAGAUGUUAACAAGAAGGAUGAAUUUGGACGAACUGCUUUACACUUUGCUGUACUUGGCGAUGAUAAAACAGUUGCUUAUUGUCUUCUAAAGCAUAGAUCUGAUGUGAAUGCAUCUACAUUAUGGGGAAACACACCACUAAUGUUGGGUUGUAGAGAAGGUUAUACUGAGAUGGUACGGUUGUUGAUAACAGGCAAGGCAAAUGUUAACAAGAAGAAGGCUUCUGGACUCACUGCAUUACAUGUUGCUGUACAUAAUGAUAGGGAAUCACCUGCACGUUGUCUUCUAAACAGUGGACGUUGUUGUGUGAAUGCAUGUACAUCACGUGGAAACACGGCACUAAUGUUGGGUUGUGAAAAAGGUUACAUUGAGAUGGUACGGCUGUUGAUAGAAUGUGGUGCAGAUAUGAACAGGAAUAAUAAUAAUGGAGACACUGCACUAAUGUUGGGUUGUAAAAAAGGUUACAUUGAGAUGGUACGGCUGUUGAUAGAAUGUGGUGCAGAUAUAAACAAGAAUAAUAAGAAUGGAGACACUGCUUUAGACAUUGCCCAUCACGAGGGUUAUAGUGACAUUGUGAAGGUUUUAGAACACAGCAUGAAAGAUACACACACUGAUACUGUCAGCAUGGGAGAUACACACACUGAGACUGUCAGCAUGGGAGAUACACACACUGAGACUGUCAGCAUGGGUGAUACACACACUGAGACUGUCAGCAUGGGAGAAACGUCUUUAUAUACUGCUGAACAAAAUGACUAG